AUGCUUUUCUGGCUAGCGGCGAUGCAGAAGCCAUGCAUAAAAGAGACAAGGAGAGGAGGAGAGAAGGAAGAAGGACUCGUUUAUACGGCUGGCAAGCUAUUACUCUUCUGCCUCUGGGUGCUGGGGGCCAACCAAAGACAGCAAACCUGGAGAUCAAGAACAGGCCGUGGCGCCUGCUGUGAAGCCACAAUGACGACAGGGAUGAGGAAGAAUCAGGAGGAUGUGUCGUGGAGCUUGCUGGCUGCUGGCUGGCUGCAGAUUUAA